CACCUGUAACCCCCCAGCUUUUUAGUCUUCUACUGUCGCGUACAUACCACGUACUUCGUACCUUAGGUACUCACCUAACUCGCUUUCAAUACUUACUGCCCUGUUAUUUCCACCUUCAAGUUUCUUGCCCCUUUUUCACGCUGAUUCCAUUCAAGAGUUUUUCCAGCACUAUAAUCUAAUAAUCCUUACAUUCAUCUUCAUUGGCGUUAUCCUUCUUUCUUCUUCUGUCUUUCCUGUACAUCUAACUUAAAACUUGCCCCCGUUUUACGGAUCGCACCGCCGUCUUAUCCUUGUUAGCCACGAAUUGCGUUUGGCUCCGCCGCGGGCUUUGGAAGGAAUAUUAUCAUAUUUGUAGAAUAAUAGUCGAUUGGUUGGAAACCUGUUCACAUCAUAUUUGGGCUGGCGACUGUACAUCUCCAGCAAUAACUUCAACUUUACUAGAUUACCCAAUCUCGUGCCCAUCAUGAGAUUCCGUCAACGACGAACGCCGUUUAUUCUUCUACUUCUACCCUCCCUUGCCCUAGCCGCAUCUACACUAGAUACGAAACCUGCAAAAGAUGUUCCCGCUGUGGGCGCGGGCAUUGCGUCGUCCCAAUCUCUGGACUCAGCUGCCGGAUCUUCCAAGUCGACCAAAGUCGAUGUCGGCACCAAAAUCGCACCAGUAGAUGGUAAAGAUGGGAUGCCGCAUGAGGGUCCUUUCGUAACGACUGACAAGGGGCGCAAGAAGAGCGAUGCCAAUGACGUUAUAGAAACCAAACCCCUCCCUUCCUUGAAAGACCGACCGGUAGAUCCUACAGUCAUCGAUGGGAAGAAAAUACCUGAGAGCAACGACGGCGUCAUGGACGACCCCCAUCGUCAGCCUCCUAAGCAGGGCACAACCGGCACCGAAGGAGGUGUAAGCGAGAAAGAUAAGGCCAAGAAAGCUAAAGAGGGUGUAACUGGGGAGAAGGUUGAGAACGUGCCCGAAACCCCAAAGGAGAAACCACCGUUGCCGCAUAGUGAGCAAGAAAAGAUUACGAGCGAAAAGGCUAAUAAGAAGGAAAAGGGCAAAGUUGACCUACACCAGACGCCAGAAGAUGUUUCCGGACUCGAGAAGCCAUUGGACCUACCAGGUAAACUACGUGACGACCCGAACCCCGUUCCUGACUCGGCCAAUAAAGAUCACCUCGACGUAUCGAAACCUACCAAAUCUACCACCAAAACUUGGGAGCAAGAUGACGAGGGCAAUGAAGGCCUUAUUCAACCUUUCCACUCUUUUGUGCUUUCUCUCACCAUGAUCCUCUUUUCUGAAGUAGGUGAUAAAACAUUCCUCGUUGCCGCGCUCAUGGCCAUGAAACAUGACCGUAUGCUGGUGUUCUCGGCUGCUUUUGGUGCCUUGCUGGUCAUGACUGUUUUAUCUGCCGUGAUGGGUCAUACGGUUCCAGCCCUGAUCCCAAAGAGAGUGACGACUUUCCUAGCCGCAGGGCUAUUUUUUAUCUUCGGCGCGAAGUUGCUACGUGAGGGCAUGGCCAUGGAUCCAAACGAGGGUGUUACGGCAGAGAUGCAAGAGGUUGAGAUGGAGCUACAAGAGAAGGAGCACUUGGCACUAAAACAAGGUAGACGGCGCUCCUCUCUAUCUCCGUACGCGUUGGAGAUGGGGCUCGGCAGCGACCGGAAGCCAAGGUCCCAGUCUCGAUUCCCGACUCCACCUCGCAGUCCCUCGACCUCUCCAGGUAGGAGCCCGUCGCCUCGCCGUAGCAUUUUCAGCGGAUUCGGUGUUGGCCUAUCGAAUCUCUUCUCACUUCUUCUAAGUCCCGCGUGGGUGCAAACUUUUGUCAUGACCUUCUUGGGGGAAUGGGGAGAUCGUAGUCAGAUUGCAACGAUUGCCAUGGCUGCUGGUCAAGACUACUGGUGGGUGACAUUGGGCGCCGUGCUGGGCCAUGCAUGUUGUACCGGCGUAGCCGUCCUCGGCGGCAGGGCCAUCGCCGGCAAAGUGAGCUUGAAAGUUGUGACGGUAGGUGGCGCUAUUGCAUUUCUAGUGUUUGGUCUCAUCUACUUAAUCGAAGCGAUCUACGCGUAACUCCCUUUUCUCGGCCGCUGGGCGAUGUACCUGUCCCUCUUCGAAGUUUAAUACGGCUUACUCUUUGAUGAUUGCGCGCGGUUUUAAUAAGGAGUGGAUUGGUGGCGGCUUUUCAAUUUAGCAGGCAUCCGUCUCUAAGAGAGGCAGCUAGCAUGGGUCUAUAGCAAUAUAGGAUGGAAGGAACCGGCCGACAUAGGACGAUUGUAAACCGACGUUGUCACUACUGUUGGCUCAAGAAAAUUAAAGCCCGGUAUAUGAAAAGGGGAGGAUGGGCUGUUGCAUGGGCGGAGUUUGGCAUAUAAAAUGAGUAGGCCCGUCUAAAAGGGGUCUACCGAAUGUGACUAUUGAUCACAUAUUUGUACAAUUACCAAACAAAGUGGUGGCCAAUAUGGAGGCCCUUGAGUGUUUGCGGGACCCUGAUGUAAGCUAAUAAUAGAUGCUCGGGAUUUAUAGACGCUAAGCUACGAG